AUGCUGCCACCAGAGUAUCAGGCUUUCGCGUUGGGGGAAUUGGAGAAAAUCCGACGUGAUGAGACACAGUCACAACAGGCACAAGCAGCAAUGUUGAUGGGAGGAAUGCCAAAUAUGAUGAUGGCCAGGUUAGUGAUAAAAGUUAUGUGA